AUGGCACCUAAAAGUCUGGUCCUGGCUGUUUACACCUUUGCUUUUGUGACUGGGCUCCCUUCCAACCUCCUGGCCUGCUACUCAUUUUUGAAGAAGGUGCGACAGAACCCGGCGCCCAUAGAUAUCCUCUUGCUCAACUUGACUAUAUCGGACCUCUUCCUUCUAUUCUUCUUGCCCUUCAAGAUGGUGGAGGCUGCCUUAGACAACACUUGGCCUCUCCCUUACUUCCUUUGCCCUCUGGCCAACCUCUUCUUCUAUGGCAGCACCUACCUCAGCACCCUCUUCCUCAUGGGGGUCAGCGUGGAGCGCUAUCUCUGCAUUGCCCACCCUGUCAAGCACAAGUUAAACCGCAGGCCAACCUAUGCAAAAGUGGCCAGUCUCUUCUUCUGGUUGCUGACCUUCUCCCACUGCUUAAGUAUUGUCUAUGUGGUAGAAUACUAUGAUCGAAGUGAGAAGAAACCUGAUGACAACUCCACCUGUUAUGAGAACUUCACUCCUAGCCAGCUCCGCAUCGUUCUCCCUUUCCGCCUGGAGUUCUGCAUUGUCCUCUUCUUCAUCCCUUUCAUCAUCACCCUUUUCUGCUACAUCAGCGUCAUACGGAUCCUGACCAUCAUGCCCAACAUCAAGCCCCAGAAGAAGCAACGGGCCGUGGCCCUAGCCUUGGCCACGGUGCUCAAUUUCUCCCUGGCCUUUGCUCCCUACAACAUCUCUCAUAUUGUGGGCUUUAUUCAGAAUAAGAAUCCUUCCUGGAGAGUGGAGACGUUCUUCCUCACCUCCCUGAACACCACCUUGGACCCUGUCAUCUUCUUCUUCUCUUCUGCCACCAUUCGCCAAGUUUUUACUGAGUAUUGGCUUGGUAUAGGCUCUUAUGUCCAGGCCUUUGUUUCAUGGUGUCCUUUUCCUUGCUGUUCAAUUCCUAGUGUCAGUGAUGAGGAAGAUGGUGGAAGAUCCAUUUCUAAUCUUGACAGACAAACAGGAGUGGUUGCUCUCUCCUCUGAUCUAACUGUACAGCACAGAUCUAGAACAUCAGAACAGCAAUGA